AUGAAGAAAGCAGGGAAAAGCCCCAAACCCAUCGUGAAGUCCGGCGAUGCUCGAAAGGAUAGGAAAUCGGGGACCGGAAUGAACGGAUCGCCGAAGAAGGGAGGUAACGGCGGCAAGUUCACUUGGUCCGGCGAUGGUUUCUCCCAUGCUGAGCUCGGGUUCGGCAAAGAAACUGUCGAUUCAAACGAUCCCAACUACGAAGACUCAGAAGAUAUUAUUGCGAGAACGACACAAGCCUCGGCGACGGAGUACUACCUCCAUGACCUACCUUCAUCGUACAACUUGGUACUCAAAGAGGUCCUAGGUCGAGGACGAUUCUUGAAAUCGAUACAGUGCAAGCACGACGAAGGGCUUGUUCUCGUCAAGGUAUAUUUUAAAAGGGGCGACUCUAUCGAUCUUCGCGAGUACGAGCGACGGCUUGCCCAAAUCCGCGAAAUAUUCAGUGCGCUCGAUCACCCUCACGUCUGGCCCUUCCAGUUUUGGCUAGAAACAGAUAAAGCUGCUUAUUUAUUGAGGCAGCACUUCUUCAAUAAUCUCCAUGAUCGAUUGAGUACUCGACCUUUCCUGAGCCUUGUUGAGAAGAAAUGGUUAGCUUUUCAGUUGCUCUAUGCAGUGAAGCAGAGCCAUGAGAAUGGAGUAUGCCAUGGUGAUAUUAAGUGUGAGAAUGUGCUGGUUACUUCUUGGAACUGGCUUUAUCUUGCUGAUUUUGCGUCUUUCAAACCCACUUAUAUUCCACAUGAUGAUCCCUCUGAUUUCUCAUUUUUCUUUGACACCGGAGGAAGAAGGCGAUGUUAUCUUGCACCUGAGAGAUUUUUCGAGCAUGGAGGAGAGUUGCAAGCUGCACAAGAUGCACCUCUAAAGCCAUCUAUGGAUAUCUUUGCCAUAGGAUGUGUGAUUGCGGAGCUUUUCCUCGAAGGUCAGCCGCUGUUUGAACUGUCUCAACUACUUGCUUAUCGCCGAGGGCAAUAUGAUCCUAGCCAGCAUCUAGAAAAGAUCCCAGAUACAGGAAUUCGUAAGAUGAUUCUUCAUAUGAUUCAGUUAGAUCCGGAGUCACGUUGUUCUGCUGAAAGCUACCUGCAAACUUAUGCAGGUGUUGUGUUUCCCAGCUACUUCUCACCGUUUCUGCAUAAUUUCUAUUCAUUGUUGAAUCCGCUUAAUGCUGAUGCCAGGGUUCUAAUAUGCCAGACAUUUUUCCAUGAGAUAGUUAAACAAAUGUUGAGCAAUGGGGUCUCUGAGGAGAAUGCUUAUGGACUGCACAGUCCUUCAAGUGUCACAGGUCAAAUAUUACCACGGAUGGAGGCAAAGCAAAAUUUGAAUCACGCAAAGGAUUCCUUGAGAAAAAGAGAAGAGAUGGAGAAAGGCUCCAUCCAUGAUCGGUUUGAUCUUCUAGGCGAUAUAAGUACCCUACUCAGGGAUGUAAAACAAAGUAAUCGCCAUACUGAUGUGAAGCCGAUGCUGGAGGAUGUAGCCAAUUCUGUAUAUUCCCACAAUCGAAAACAGAGUGGCAUGCAUUCUCCUGCUGAGCUACUUCAAACUAUCUCCAAUGUAUUUAAGAGAAAUGAUCAUCCCUUUCUGAAAAAGAUUACAGCCUAUGAUUUGGACUCGUUGAUGUCUGAUUAUGAUCAUCAAUCAGACACUUUUGGAAUGCCUUUUUUACCAUUACCUCAGGAUACUGUGAGCUGUGAAGGUAUGGUUCUGAUUGCCUCACUGCUGUGUUCCUGCAUACGCAAUGUCAAGUUGCCUUUUAUGAGGAGAGGGGCUGUACUUCUUUUGAAGUCUUGUUCCUUAUAUAUUGAUGAUGAAGAUCGAUUGCAGCGUGUGCUUCCUUAUGUUAUUGCGAUGCUUUCAGAUCCAGCAGCAAUUGUGCGUUGUGCUGCCUUAGAGACUUUGUGUGACAUUCUACCUUUAGUCAGAGAUUUUCCUCCCAGUGAUGCUAAAAUUUUUCCAGAGUACAUUCUUCCAAUGCUCUCCAUGCUUCGUGAUGAUCCUGAAGAAAGUGUGAGGAUUUGUUAUGCCAGCAAUAUAUCUAAGCUGGCACUAACUGCUUAUGGCUUUCUAGUUCAUUCAAUAAGCUUGAGUGAGGCAGGGGUUCUCAAUGAAUUAAGCCUGCCCCAGAAGUCAGUGGCCCCAUCCACAGAUAAAUUGGGACGACCACAGAAUCCAAACAGUGAUGCACAACUUGCACAAUUGAGGAAGUCUAUAGCUGAGGUCAUUCAAGAACUUGUAAUGGGCCCAAAGCAAACUCCAAACAUCAGGAGAGCACUCUUACAGGAUAUUGGCAACCUAUGCUGGUUCUUCGGUCAGAGGCAAAGUAAUGAAUNAAACAUCAGGAGAGCACUCUUACAGGAUAUUGGCAACCUAUGCUGGUUCUUCGGUCGGAGGCAAUGUAAUGACUUUGUGCUACCCAUCCUCCCUGCUUUUCUAAAUGAUCGAGAUGAGCAGCUCAGAGCAGUAUUCUAUGGGCAAAUAGUUUACGUCUGCUUCUUUGUGGGUCAACGAAGUGUGGAGGAAUAUCUUUUACCUUACAUAGAGCAAGCUUUAAGUGACGGAACUGAGGCUGUCAUUGUUAAUGCAUUAGAUUGCUUGGCCAUUCUCUGCAGAAGUGGUUUUUUGCGGAAGAGAAUAUUGCUUCAAAUGAUAGAGCGUGCUUUCCCAUUGUUAUGUUAUCCUAGUCAAUGGGUAAGGAGGUCAGCUGUCACCUUCAUUGCAGCUAGUAGUGAAAGCUUAGGUGCGGUGGAUUCCUAUGUUUUUCUUGCCCCGGUUAUCCGUCCUUUCCUUCGCAGACAACCAGCAUCUCUAGCUUCAGAGAAGGCUCUUUUUUCAUGUCUAAGGUCUCCAGUCUCACGGCAGGGACUUUACCAAGUCUUAGAAAAUGCCAGAAGUUCAGACAUGUUGGAGAGACAAAGAAAGAUAUGGUACAAUUCAGGACAGUCUAAGCAAUUGGAACCUGCAGACAUAUACCAAAAAGGAGCCAGGGAGUUGGACCCAAUGAAGUACUGGACUGACAGGCAGCAUGAUGUUCAGGGUCAGAAAUCUAUUGGUAGUGCAAUGCUACCACCGGAUCUACCUGAAAGUGGCAAUAGUGAGGCUAAGUUAAGAGCUAUGGGAAGCUUGAUCUGCAAUGCUUCUAACACAGUUGACAGCCGUGAUCCCUUUUACUCAGAGAAGUUACAGUUCUCUGGCCUUAUGCCCCCACAAGUUUCUGGUGCCAAUAGCUUCAUUGAUAGAUCAUCAGAAAACAUACCAUUGUACUACUUCAAAUAUGAUAACAAACGAGCAGCAGGCAAUGCUCCAGCAGCCUCUGAUUCUUCAUUGCCACCGAACCCUUUAGGUUUUGGUUCAUCAUCCAUGCCUUGGAUGGACCCAGCAAAUAAAUCGUUUAACUUGGCUAGUUCUGUUCCAGCGCCGAAGCUCGUCUCAGGGUCAAUCAGCAUUGGUAAUGGCUCCACACCAUUUCACAGAGUGGUACAUGAAGUAGAAGACAAGGAAACCGAUCAGAUGGCCUAUAUUGACUCCAAGUUUCAAGACAUGGGAGUGUCCAGCACAAUGAAAGGGUGUUCCAUCACUUCAGAAGACACCUCACCUUCACCCGAGGUCAUGGGAUUGCCAUCUUCCACACGAACACCCACCAUUCCGGAUUCAGGGUGGAGGCCUCGUGGGGUGUUGGUUGCACACCUCCAGGAGCAUAGUUCUGCUGUUAACGACAUUGCCAUUUCAACAGACCACAGUUUUUUUGUGAGUGCAUCUGAUGACUCCACUGUUAAGGUUUGGGAUUCCAGGAAGUUGGAGAAGGACAUCUCAUUUAGAUCAAGGCUAACUUACUCCCUGGAAGGAAGCCGGGCACUGUGCAUUUCAAUGCUGCAGGGGUCUGCUCAAGUUGUCGUUGGAGCUUGUGAUGGCAUGAUACAUAUGUUCUCUGUUGAUUACAUUUCUAGAGGACUUGGCAAUGUAGUUGAGAAGUAUUCAGGCAUCGCUGAUGUCAAAAAGAGAGGUGUUGGAGAAGGUGCGAUACUUAGCCUUCUAAACUACUCUGGUGAUAGUGUUCCACGUCAAAUGAUUCUGUACAGCACCCAAAAUUGUGGGAUCCAUCUCUGGGAUACGAGAACAAAUUCAAAUGCUUGGAAUUCUAAAGUGUUUCCUGAAGAGGGUUACAUUUCUUCUAUGGUAACAGGCCCUUGUGGUAAUUGGUUUGUGUCUGGCUCGUCAAGGGGUGUGCUUACUCUUUGGGAUCUGAGGUUCGGUAUACCUGUCAACUCAUGGCAGUAUUCCCUGGCAUGCCCUAUUGAGAAAAUGUGUCUUUUUGUUCCUCCUCCAAAUACAUCCUUAUCCACUUCAGCAAGGCCUCUUGUUUAUGUUGCCGCAGGUUGUAAUGAAGUGUCUCUUUGGAGUGCAGAAAAUGGGAGUUGCCACCAGAUACUGCGGGUCCCAAAUAAUGACAGUGAUGCUGAAAACUCUGAAUUGCCUUGGGCCUUGUCCAGACCAUCCAAUAAGGCAAAUUCAAAAUCAGAUUUAAGACGAAAUGUCAAUCCAAAGUACCGAGUUGAUGAGCUGAAUGAACCCCCUCCCCAUAUUCCUGGCAUCCGUUCAUUGCUUCCAUUACCUGGGGGCGAUUUGUUGACAGGGAGUACUGACUUGAAGAUACGUCGCUGGGAUCAUUGCAGUCCAGAUCGAAGUUAUUGUGUUUGUGGGCCAUCUUUCAAGGGAGUUGGAAAUGAUGAUUUUUAUGAAACAAAAUCUAGUUUUGGUGUCCAGGUUGUGCAGGAGGCAAAGAGGCGACCUUUGGCGACCAGGUUCACUUCAAAAGCAGUUCUUGCAGCCGCUGCAACUGAUUCUGCAGGUUGUCACCGUGACUCUAUCCUCUCUUUGGCUUCUGUCAAAUUGAACCAGAGACUUCUGAUAUCGAGCAGUAGAGAUGGGGCCAUCAAGGUUUGGAAGUAAAGGACCUAAUUAUACGUGGUAGUUUAUUGUAUAUAUAGUGCAAAUGCUAGGUCAACCUGUACAUUAUGCAGUGGGACUAGAUGGUUAGAUUCUGUUAAGGUCAUGAAGUCUAUGUUCCUGUUAUUAAAAAAAAAGGAAUAGAAAUCCAUGUUUCUAACCAUGUUCUCAAUGUUUAAUCCAUUUCCUUGCAUGAUUUAUACAGCAUGCAAGCUUUUUGUGAUGGAUAGGUAAUUCAUUUAGUUUGAAU